UACUGUCUGGGGAUGCCCGCUCCUCUGGGCUACGUUCCUGGCCUUGGCAGAGGUGCAACUGGUUUCACCACCCGAUCUGAUAUUGGCCCGGCUCGUGAUGCAAACGAUCCAGUGGAUGACCGACAUGCACCCCCGGGGAAGCGGACGGUUGGAGACCAGAUGAAAAAGAACCAGGAGGAGGAUGAUGAGGAUCUGAAUGACACAAACUAUGAUGAGUUUAAUGGGUAUGCAGGUAGCUUGUUCUCCAGUGGUCCCUAUGAAAAGGAUGAUGAAGAAGCAGAUGCAAUAUAUGCAGCACUGGACAAAAGAAUGGAUGAAAGACGCAAAGAAAGAAGAGAGCUGAGAGAAAAGGAAGAAAUUGAGAAAUAUCGUAUGGAGCGACCCAAAAUACAGCAGCAGUUCUCAGAUUUAAAGAGGAAGUUGGCAGAGGUAUCAGAAGAGGAGUGGCUGAGCAUCCCUGAGGUGGGAGAUGCGAGGAACAAGCGCCAGAGGAAUCCCCGCUAUGAGAAACUCACCCCUGUCCCAGACAGUUUCUUCUCCAAGCACCUGCAGACCGGAGAGAACCACACUUCUGUUGAUCCUCUGCAAGGGCUGGGAGGUCUGAACACACCUUACCCCGGAAGCAUGACUCCUGGCUUGAUGACACCAGGGACAGGAGAGCUCGACAUGAGGAAAAUUGGUCAGGCCAGGAACACACUCAUGGACAUGAGGCUCAGUCAGGUGUCAGACUCAGUGAGUGGACAGACAGUGGUGGAUCCUAAGGGUUACCUGACAGAUCUCAACUCCAUGAUCCCCACACAUGGAGGGGACAUUAGCGACAUUAAGAAAGCUCGUCUGCUGCUGAAAUCUGUGAGGGAGACCAAUCCCCAUCACCCACCUGCCUGGAUUGCCUCUGCCAGGCUGGAGGAGGUGACUGGCAAACUGCAGGUAGCCAGGAACCUGAUCAUGAAAGGCACAGAGAUGUGUCCUAAGAGUGAGGAUGUGUGGCUGGAGGCAGCUCGGCUCCAGCCUGGCGACACAGCUAAAGCCGUGGUAGCUCAGGCUGUCCGCCACCUGCCGCAGUCUGUCCGUAUCUACAUCAGAGCUGCAGAGCUGGAGACGGACAUCAGGGCCAAGAAACGAGUCCUCAGGAAGGCGCUGGAGAAUGUGUCCAAGUCAGUGCGACUGUGGAAGACAGCUGUGGAGCUAGAGGAGCCAGAGGAUGCCAGGAUCAUGCUCAGCAGAGCUGUGGAGUGUUGCCCUACUAGUGUGGAGCUAUGGCUGGCACUGGCCCGGUUAGAGACGUACGAAAACGCUCGUCGCGUCCUAAACAAAGCUCGAGAGAACAUCCCCACCGAUCGUCACAUCUGGAUCACUGCUGCCAAGUUGGAAGAGGCCAACGGCAACACUCAGAUGGUGGACAAGAUCAUUGACAGGGCCAUCACUUCUCUGCAUGCUAACGGUGUGGAGAUCAACAGAGAGCAGUGGAUACAGGAUGCAGAGGAGUGUGACAAAGCAGGCAGUGUGGCUACCUGCCAGGCGGUAAUAAGGGCUGUCAUAGGGAUUGGCAUUGAGGAGGAGGACCGCAAACACACCUGGAUGGAGGAUGCAGAGAGUUGCGUGGCCCAUGGAGCACUGGAGUGUGCCAGGGCCAUCUAUGCCCAUGCUCUGCAGGUGUUCCCCAGUAAGAAAAGUGUUUGGCUUCGAGCUGCCUACUUUGAGAAGAGCCACGGUACCAGGGAGUCUUUGGAGGCCCUGCUCCAGAGAGCUGUGGCUCACUGCCCCAAAGCAGAGGUCCUGUGGCUGAUGGGGGCCAAGUCCAAGUGGCUGGCUGAGGAUGUGCCUGCAGCCAGAAGUAUCCUCGCCCUGGCCUUCCAGGCUAACCCUAACAGUGAGGAGAUCUGGCUUGCUGCUGUCAAACUGGAGUCUGAGAAUAAUGAGUAUGAAAGAGCCCGUCGACUGCUGGCCAAGGCCCGCAGCAGUGCCCCAACAGCCAGGGUGUUCAUGAAGUCAGUGAAGUUGGAGUGGGUGUUGGGAAACAUAGAAGCUGCCCAGGAGUUGUGUACUGAAGCCCUGAAACAUUACGAGGACUUCCCCAAGCUUUGGAUGAUGAGAGGCCAGAUAGAGGAGCAGUGUGAAAGCAUGGACAAGGCCAGAGAGGCCUACAACCAAGGGUUGAAAAAAUGCCCCCACUCGGUGCCCCUGUGGUUGUUGCUGUCGCAUCUUGAAGAGAGUGUGGGACAGCUGACGAGAGCCAGAGCAAUCCUGGAGAAGGCACGACUCAAGAACCCCCAGAACCCUGAGCUAUGGUUGGAGUCAGUGAGACUGGAGUUCAGGGCCGGACUGAAGAACAUUGCUAACACACUGAUGGCCAAAGCCCUGCAGGAGUGCCCCAAUUCAGGUAUCCUAUGGGCCGAGGCAGUGUUUUUAGAGGCCAGGCCCCAAAGGAAGACUAAGAGUGUAGACGCUCUGAAGAAGUGCGAACAUGAUCCCCACGUCUUGCUCGCUGUAGCCAAGUUGUUUUGGAGUGAGCGUAAGAUCACCAAGUCCAGAGAGUGGUUCCUCAGGACAGUAAAGAUUGAGCCAGAUCUGGGAGAUGCUUGGGCUCUUUUCUAUAAGUUUGAGCUGCAACAUGGCACAGAGGAGCAGCAGGAAGAGGUGCGAAAGCGCUGUGAGAAUGCAGAGCCCCGCCAUGGAGAGAUGUGGUGUGCCGAGUCCAAACACGUCCUGAACUGGCAGAAGAAGACAGGAGAGAUAUUAAUGCAGGUAGCCAGCAAGAUCAAGAACACAUUCUGAGACUGGAGAGGUUUGGACUGAAAACACCUGGUGGACUCUGGUAGUCACCAGUCCAGCAGGUAACAGCUAUAAACCCAGCCUGUUGGAUACAAAGAGUUCACAUACAACCCUGACUCACCUUUUUUAUGUUUUGUUGUUUUAAAAAUGUGUCAUACUAAUCAACAGAAAAUGAUCAUUUAAUGUCAAAAUGGAAAUAAAAGUCUCCACAUCUUGAAUAAAGUACUAAUAUAAAACUCAAACUCGCUGAAUACCCAAUUGAGGUGAACAAGUGUAGCAGUUCCAGUGUUGGAUCUUUGUGUGUUUUGGUGUUUGAGACCUGUCAGGUUGCAUAGGGACUACCAGUGAUCUCCUGUUUCCAUGUCCUCAAAUCAACUGAACAAAGGACUUGGCCACCUCUGGACUUUAAGGCUGUUAUUUCUGUGCUAUUUCAAUGUAGCCUUGGCUGUAUUUUUGAGGUUUUUGUCUUACUGGGAAUUCUACUUGCAAACAGCUGCAGGUGGUCCUUUGGUAUUUCAUUGUGUUUUGCUGCAAAUAUUUACCUUUCAGGGUCUGACCACAGUAUGAUGCCGCCAUAAUAGUGGAAAUGUUUUUAUGGUAAUGAAGCUAGUUUAGAUUACACAAAAUCUUUGGUUUAACAUGAUAGCCUUCUACUUUAUGUCUCCCACAUAUUUUCUGGCAAACAAGAACUCCUGAUUUACUUAAGGUUUUUUCUUUUUUCAACAUUUUUCUGUUUAAUCUUUGCAAAGCUGCAUCUGGUGAAUCACUACUGCAACACUUGUAUAUGCAAUUCUCUUAACUAAAAGGAAACUUAUUCAUUACAAUUAAUAAUGAAUUCAAUUCCUUAGUCGGUAAGUCAGCCGCUGAAUAUAUUUCUAGUCUUAAGUGUUCACUUACAGAUUUAUGAAUUAAAUGUUUACGUCAAAGUUAAUAUGUAGGGAUCACACAAUAUAAGGCAACAGGUACUGGCACUGAAUCCCUGAGCUGAUAAUGAAACAAACGCAGCUACUAUAACAGUUCUUGUUUUGAAUAAGGUGUACAAUUGGUGAAUAUUAAAUAACAGUAUAUUCAUGUGAAAGGCAAAAUUAACAUGUUAAAGCAACAUCUGUAAACAACUUUCUUUGCAGUCAAUCUUUAAUUUCACAUUCUGACACCUUUUAAGUGGUAGCAGAGAUGGUAUACUACUCUUCUUUUCUUUCUUUCUUUUUUUUUUUUUAAUAUUUUUCCCCAGCCAUAACCAUCCAUGUUACAUACACGUACUUACUAGUCUUUAAUGUUUGGCCAUACUGUUGGUACAAGGUGUUUUGUUUACUUGCUGCGCAAGUGGCUGAUUUCAAGUGUUGCGUAUCAAAUUAAAACAGAGGAAACACCCAACCAAUGCCAAACAUCACUGUUUAUCCAACUUAUGUGAAUUCUAAUAAUAACAGGCUGCACUGGUAAUGAGUUUGCAUCAACAGGUGAAUUUAUUGAUCUGUUUUCACUUUGGC